AUGACAGUUGAAGAAUUUUUGCGUGCUUUGUCACUGCAUUCUUUUGAAUAUGGAGUCCCUCGGUUUAUAGUAAGUGAUUUGGGUACGCAAAUAGUAGCAGGAGCCAAUAUUGUUCAGGAUUUCCUGAAGGAUGCUGAGACUGUUCAGUAUUUAACUGAUAAUAAUGCUGAGAAAGUCCAUUUUCAGCAGUACUAUAAGGGCUGCAGUCAGCUUGGAGGAUUGGUUGAGAGCGUAGUCAAAAUGACCAAGCACAUGAUACGGAAGUCAAUCAGAAAUAAUGUCAUUGAAUUUAGGGAUUUUGAAUAUCUUGUUUGUCAUGCUGUACAUUUGAUCAACAGAAGGCCUAUUGCCUUCAAAGAAGCAUUAAGAGAUUGUUCUAAUAAUGUACCAACCCCUAUAACGCCAGAGGAACUUAUUCAUGGAUAUUCAUUGGUCUCUUUGAAUAAUAUUCCUGCAUUACAAGCUGACCCUGAUUCUGAUGAGGAUUUUCAGGUUGAUUUUGAUGUUGUACAUAAAAUUAAAGCAUCUUAUAAGAAGCUGAAACAUGUUAGAACUAACUUGCUGGAAAUCUAUCAUCGGGAUUUCAUGAAGACUUUAAUUAAACAAGCUACUGAUAAGAAGGAUAGAUAUGCUCCUGUAAACCAUAAACAAAUCAGUAUCGGCGAUAUUGUGCUGAUUAAGGAUGAUGGAUAUAAACCUUUUAAUUAUCCUAUGGGAAUUGUCAAAGAAGUUUUCAAGAAUAUCAACGGAGAGGUAACUGCUGCAAAAGUUCUGAAGGGUAAAACCCAUGAAAUAACUAAAAGGCAAGUUACUUCUUUAAUACCACUCUUGAGGAAGGAGUCUGAUGAGGAUGCUGUAGCAUCAGAUGAUGAUGAUGAGGAUGCUGAAGCAUCGAAAGAAGAGAUUCCAGGCAUGGACGUUUCUAGAAAACGUCCACUGAGAAAAGCUGCUGAGAUAUCACGGCAAAAAUUCAAAAGCAUUCUAAACGAUGAUAUUUCAGACUAA